GGUGGGGAGACACCAAUCCCCGACCCCGCCCCGAUCCCCGAAUUUUUUAUAGAACUUUCCCCGAUCCCCGCCCCGCCCUUGAAAAAUUCCCCGAAUCCCCAACCCGAACGGGGCGGGGAUCGGAUCGGGGUCGAGCGGGGCGGGUGAAUGCCCAUCUCUAGUAAUUAUACUUAGUAAAGUAAAUUGAAUGAAGAGCAGGCUGUCCAUAAAUCUAAAAUGGAAAAUUAUCUAAUUAGAUUUGUUGGGCGUCCAUCCAAUACCGUUAUGCCACCUUGCAAAACCCAAUUUAUGUCGCAAUCCAUCCAUGCCUCCCUCACGCGCCUCCUAGAAACUUCUAUAUUCUUAGUGACGAAGUAUUCAACUACCAAAGCUUAACCGACGUCAACGUUCAUCUACACGCUUUCACCCCAUUUCUCGACUUCCGUGCCGGUUAUCUACAUCUACAACGCCUGCCUAUAUAUACGGUAUUUUCUAUUUUAAUCUAUACAUACAACUCAUCGUUUUCGCAUCUUUCUGUAUUAUUUUCGUUAAACCUCGAGCACUCCACGCAAUUCAAUUUUUUAGUUUUCGAUUCAGAGAUUAUUUCGUUGAAGAUUUGCGAUUAUGGCCCAAAUUAACGACUCAAAUCAACAAAAGGUCUAUGGUCCGGAUCCCUUCGGUGGUUUUUGAAGAGUCUUCCAGUGAUAGUGAAUCAGACGGGUUUCACGCCCUUGCUCAUCGUGCCCGGGUCCGCCUCUCUAAAAGGCCAAGACAAGAGAUUGUUGCUUACUCGGCCGUCCCCGGGGAGUUCUCUAGCGAUACUGAAUCCGACGAAGUUCAGACCCUUGCCGCGCGAGCCCGGGCUAAAAUGUCGGAAAAGGAGGCUUCGUCUUCUGGAGUGAUUUCUGAGUUUCAAAAAGUUAAGGAGGCUGUUGGGCGGCAGGUGAUCAUGUCUCCGGAAGGCAUGUGGUGUGAUUCUAAAUCCUUCUUUAUCGUCAAGGCCCCUCUUGUCGAGGAGAAGAGUUUUUACACCAAUAUGGCCGGGUUCUAUCGAUCCAAACACCCGGGUGGUCCGUUGGCUCCUUACGACGAAGGGGAUUUUGAUCAUAGGUUUAGGUUGUUGUCUGUUGCCCGGGCUCCUUUUCCCCUCAGAGAUCACAUAAAGGAGAUGCCCGAGGACGUAGCAGAUAAGAUGAUCCGGGCGGCAUUCCAGCUCCCUUCUGACGUUGAGUGGAGAUGGCCUGAGCCCGGGGAGAGAAUAUAUCAUCGCCCGGCUGAUGGUUUUGUUCCAGUAUGGAUGGAGCAUCUCAGAUCCGGGUGGAAUCCGAGGUGGCACGUCUUUUUUAAGCAUUUGUGUAAAUACGAGUUCAAGUGUUCCCCGAUGCAGCUCACUCCCAAUGCCAUUAAGUGGAUGACCUGGUUUCUGGCUGCUUGUAAUAAGAAGAAUUAUUAUCCGACUCUCAAACUUUUCCAUAUGCUGUUCCAAUUCAAAAAGUCCGGGGUGAAGCCCCUUUAUGAGCUGCGUUUUCGCUCUAAAGAGCUUGGUUUGGGAGCCGGUUUCGUCAGCCCGGUCAUGCAUCAAAGCUCUUUGAAGGGCUGGAAUGGGGAGGUUCUUAUGCUGAAAGGUUUGGACCUGGCUUUUAUGCCCUACAUUGUUUCUGACGAGAAGCAGGUAAGAACGGAUUUUGGGGCUCCGGGUGCUGCAGGUGCAUUCCGGGAACAGCUGCGUGAGUUUUGUGGUUGCCUCGGGUCCCAAUUGACCCGGGAUUUGUUUAUGCAACACGAUAAGUUGCAUGGAUAUGGCUGUAAGUAGUGUUUUUCACCCGGGUUGUCUCUGUUGUUUGUACUUAGGAAUUUACCUGUUUGUUGUUCCAAUUUUUGUCUUGGUUAUAUGUUAUGUUGUCUCUGACCCGGGUGCUUCUUUCUUG